AUGGCAUUUGCCCUGAUUGGGACAAUCCAACUCGCCGUGAGCAUUCGCCAGAUCGAGAGCGAGACGACGCAGGCCUUCUUGGGGACCUCCCCAACGCUCCCAUAUUUCUCUCUUCGUUGGGCCAGUGCGGGCAGUCGGCUGGUCUGGUGGGGGAUCCACCAGGAAUCGACAGCCGACCCGGUCGCUUCCCGUCAAGCCUCGCUUCCGAUACCCACCGACAGGACCACCCCGUCGCCUCAUCCCCGGCUGUCGUCUCUGCCAGAAGUCCUGGCCUCGGCCCUCCUUCUCUCCUCCCAUGAGCAGAUCCUGCUCGAGUCUCCCACCUUCACCAUGACAGAAAUCAGCGGCAGCAGCGCCGCCUCGCAAUCCCGGCGCGGCACCGUGAACGGCUCGUCAGCACCACAUGCCAACGGCAAGCCAUCGUACACCGCGACGCGCAAGUUGCCCGACCAUUUCAUCGGCGGCAACAAGCUGGACAGCGCACCCGACUCCAAGGUUAAGGACUUUGUCGCCAAGCACGACGGCCACACUGUCAUCACAAACGUCCUGAUUGCCAACAACGGUAUUGCUGCCGUCAAGGAGAUCCGCUCUGUCCGGAAAUGGGCCUACGAUGCGUUCGGCGACGAGCGCGCCAUCCAGUUCACCGUCAUGGCUACUCCUGAGGAUCUGCAGGCAAACGCCGACUACAUCCGCAUGGCCGAUCACUAUGUCGAGGUGCCCGGUGGCACCAACAACCACAACUACGCCAAUGUCGAGCUGAUCGUCGAUGUGGCGGAGCGGAUGGAUGUCCACGCGGUGUGGGCCGGAUGGGGUCACGCCUCCGAAAACCCGAAGCUGCCAGAAUCCUUGGCUGCCUCGCCGAAGAAGAUCGUGUUUAUUGGGCCACCAGGCUCUGCCAUGCGCUCGCUGGGCGACAAGAUCUCCUCCACCAUUGUCGCACAACAUGCAAAGGUGCCCUGCAUCCCAUGGUCCGGCACUGGUGUCGACCAGGUCGCAGUGGGCGAAGGCGGCCUGGUCACCGUGGUCGACGAGGUCUACAUGAAGGGCUGUGUGAACUCGUGGCAGGAGGGCCUGGAGAAGGCCCACCAGAUCGGCUUCCCCGUCAUGAUCAAGGCCUCGGAGGGCGGCGGCGGCAAGGGCAUCCGCAAAGCCUCGAGCGAAGAGGGCUUUGAGCAGCUGUACAAGGCCGCGGCCAGCGAGAUUCCCGGCUCGCCCAUCUUCAUCAUGAAGCUGGCCGGCAAUGCCCGGCAUUUGGAGGUGCAGCUGCUCGCCGACCAGUACGGCAACAAUAUCUCGCUCUUUGGCCGCGACUGUUCCGUCCAGCGUCGCCACCAGAAGAUCAUCGAGGAGGCACCCGUGACCAUUGCCAACCAGACCACCUUCCGUGCCAUGGAAGAGGCGGCCGUGCGGCUUGGCAAGCUUGUCGGCUACGUCUCUGCCGGCACGGUCGAGUACCUAUACUCGCACUCGGACAACAAGUUUUACUUCCUCGAGCUCAACCCCCGUCUGCAGGUCGAGCAUCCGACCACGGAGAUGGUCAGUGGCGUGAACCUGCCUGCCGCCCAGCUCCAGAUCGCCAUGGGCAUCCCACUGCACCGGAUCAGCGACAUUCGGCUACUGUAUGGCGUGGACCCCAAGACCACGACCGAGAUCGACUUUGAAUUCAAGAACGAGGAGAGCGGCAAGACCCAGCGCCGGCCAACGCCCAAGGGACAUACAACCGCCUGCCGGAUCACUUCCGAGGACCCGGGCGAGGGUUUCAAGCCGUCCAACGGCGUGCUGCACGACCUGAACUUCCGCAGUAGCUCCAACGUCUGGGGCUACUUUUCUGUCGGCACGGCUGGCGGCAUCCACAGCUUCUCCGACAGCCAGUUCGGCCACAUCUUUGCGUACGGCGAGAACCGGUCGGCCUCGCGGAAACACAUGGUCGUGGCCCUGAAGGAGCUGAGCAUUCGCGGUGACUUCCGCACGACCGUGGAGUACCUGAUCAAGCUGCUCGAGACAGAAGCCUUUGAGGACAACACCAUCACAACCGGCUGGCUCGACGAGCUGAUCUCUAAGAAGCUCACGGCCGAGCGGCCUGACCCCGUCUUGGCCGUGGUGUGCGGUGCCACUACCAAGGCCCAUAUUGCCAGCGAAGCCUGCAUUGCCGAGUACCGCACCGGUCUGGAGAGGGGCCAGGUCCCGUCCAAGGACAUUCUCAAGACCGUCUUCCCCGUCGACUUCAUCUACGAAGGCUUCCGGUACAAGUUCACCGUGACGCGGUCCAGCCUGGACAGCUAUACCCUCUUUAUCAACGGCUCUCGGUGUCUGGUCGGUGUCCGUGCCCUGAGCGACGGUGGCCUGCUCAUUCUCGUCGACGGCCGCAGCCACAACGUGUACUGGAAGGAGGAAGUCGGGGCCACGCGCCUCUCCGUCGACGGCAAGACCUGUCUGCUGGAGCAGGAGAACGACCCGACACAGCUGCGGACGCCGAGCCCGGGCAAGCUGGUCAAAUACACGGUGGAGAGCGGCGACCAUGUGUCGGCUGGCCAGACGUUUGCCGAGGUCGAGGUGAUGAAGAUGUACAUGCCCCUGGUCGCACAGGAGGAUGGCUUUGUGCAGCUGAUCAAGCAGCCUGGCUCGACGCUGGAAGCCGGCGACAUCCUCGGCAUCCUAGCCCUGGACGACCCGAGUCGUGUGAAGCAAGCCCAGAGCUUUGUCGAGAAGCUGCCCGACUUGGGCCCGCCCGUUGUUGUCGGCACCAAGCCGUCGCAGCGGUUCGCGGUGUUGUACAGCAUUCUCGAGAACAUCCUGCGCGGAUACGACAACCAGAUGGUCAUGGUGCAGACGCUGACCAAGCUUGUCGAGGUGCUGCGGGACCCGUCGCUGCCCUUUAGCGAGUGGAACGCGCAGUUCUCUGCGCUGCACGCGCGCAUGCCUGCGAAGCUGGAUGCACAGUUCACGCAGAUCGUGGAGCGUGCCAAGACACGCGACGCCGAGUUCCCGGCCAAGAGUCUGCUCCGGGCGUUCCAGAAGUUUGUGGACGACCACGUCGAGCGGGCAGACGCAGCCCUGCUGCGCGACACGCUGGCCCCCCUGACCGAUGUGCUGAACCUGUACAUGGACGGGCAAAAGGUGCGGGAGCUGACGGUGAUCUCGUCGCUGUUGUCGAUCUACGCAGAUACAGAGCGUCUGUUCUCCGGGCGGCGGCUGCAGGACGAGGAGGUGAUUCUAAAGCUUCGGGACCAGCACAAGGACGACAUACUCACGGUGGUGCAGACGGUGCUGUCUCACAGCCGGGUCAGCUCCAAGAACGGACUUGUGCUGGCCAUCAUCGACGAGUACCGGCCGAACAAGCCGAACGUGGGCAAUGUGGGCAAGUACCUCCGGCCGGUGCUGCGCAAGCUGACGGAGCUCGAGUCGCGGCAGACAUCCAAGGUGUCGCUGAAGGCGCGCGAGAUCCUGAUCCAGUGUGCGCUCCCAUCUCUGGAGGAGCGGCGGUCGCAGAUGGAGCUGAUUCUGCGGUCGUCCGUGGUGGAGACGCAGUAUGGCGAGUCGGGCUGGGAGCAUCGCGAGCCGAACCAGGACGUGAUCAAGGACCUGGUGGACUCCAAGUUCAACGUGUUUGACGUGCUGCCAAUGUUCUUUGCCAACGAGGACACGUGGGUGUCGAUUGCGGCGCUAGAGGUCUACAUCCGGCGGUCGUACCGCGCAUACAUUCUCAAGAAGAUCGAGUAUCACAGCGACGAGUCGGAGGCACCGCUCUUCAUGACCUGGGACUUUGCGCUGCGGAAGAUUGGCCAGUCCGAGUUUGGCCUGCCGCUGCACUCGGCCGUGCCGUCGUCGCCGGCGACGCCAGCCACUCCGACCGACUAUGGGUUCAAGCGCAUCAGCUCGAUCAGCGACAUGUCGUACCUCUCGCGCCAGACGCAGGAGGAGCCGACACGCAGGGGUGUCAUCGUGCCGUGUCGGUACUUGGACGACGUGGAGGAGCUUCUCUCCAAAGCGCUGGAUACACUGCCGUUUGGCGGCUCGAGGCUUCGCAAGCGGAGCCCAGGCGCCGGUAGCUCCAGCACGCUGGCGUCCGGACUGGUGGGCAAGCGGCGGCCAGUUCCAGCUCGUGUAGACACGGGGGUGGAUGAGCUCUCGGCCGUGGUCAACGUGGCGAUCCGAGACUCGGAGAACAUGGACGACCAGGAGGCACUCAAGGUGAUCAAGCCGAUUGUGGAGCAGUUCAAGGACGAGCUGUUUUCCCGUCGGGUUCGGCGAAUCACCUUUAUCGGCGGCCACAAGGACGGGUCGAACCCGGGUUACUACACGUUCCGGGGGCCCGACUACGAGGAGGACGACAGCAUUCGCCACAGCGAGCCCGCGCUUGCAUUCCAGCUCGAGCUCGCACGUCUGGCCAAGUUCAAGAUCCGGCCAGUGUUUACGGAGAACAAGAGCAUCCACGUGUAUGAGGCCAUCGGCAAGGGCGUGGAGACGGACAAGCGGUACUUUACGCGGGUGGUAAUCCGUCCCGGCCGAGUUCGCGACGAGAUCCCGACGGCCGAGUACCUGGUCUCGGAGGCAGAUCGGACAGUCAACGACAUUUUUGAUGCGCUCGAGAUCAUCGGCAACAACAACUCCGAUCUCAACCACAUGUUCCUCAACUUCACGCCCGUGUUCCCGCUGCUGCCGGAGCAGGUGGAGCAGACUCUGCAGGGCUUCCUGGACCGAUUUGGACCGCGUGGCUGGCGGCUUCGGGUGGCACAGGUGGAGAUCCGGAUCAUCUGCACGGACCCGGAGACAGGGAUGCCGUAUCCGCUGCGCGUGCUGAUCACGAACACGUCGGGCUACGUGAUCCAGGUGGAGAUGUACGCGGAGCGCAAGUCGGAGAAGGGCGAGUGGCUCUUCUACUCGAUCGGCGGAACGACCAAGAUGGGCUCGAUGCACCUGCUGCCGGUGUCGAUCCCAUACCCGACGAAGAACUGGCUGCAACCGAAGCGGUACAAGGCCCAUCUGAUGGGCACGCAGUACGUGUACGACUUCCCGGAGGUGUUCCGCCAGGCCUUCCAGAACAGCUGGGUCAAAGUGGUCAAGCACAACCCAGCCCUGGGCGAGAGGCAGCCGGCAGCCGGUGAGUGCAUCGACCUGUCGGAGCUGGUGCUGGACGACCACGACAACCUGACGGAGGUAUCGCGCGAUCCGGGCCUGAACACGUGCGGCAUGGUGGGCUGGAUCAUCACGGCGCGCACGCCCGAGUACGCCAAGGGCCGGCAGUUCAUCAUCGUGGCCAACGACAUCACGUACAGCAUCGGGUCGUUUGGGCCAAAGGAGGACAACUUCUUCAACAAGUGCACGGAGCUGGCGCGCAAGCUGGGAAUUCCGCGCAUCUACCUGUCGGCGAACUCGGGUGCGCGUCUGGGCCUGGCCAACGAGCUGAUGCCGUACUUCAAGGUUGCGUGGAACGACGCGACUCGGCAGCACCAGGGCUUCAAGUACCUCUAUCUCGACGACGCGGCGAAGAAGCAGUUUGGCGAGCACGUGAUCACGGAGGAGGUGACGGAAGAUGGCGAGAAGCGCAACAAGAUUGUGACGAUCAUCGGGGCCGAAGACGGUCUGGGCGUCGAAUGUCUGCGCGGCUCCGGUUUGAUUGCCGGCGCGACGAGCCGAGCGUACAACGACAUCUUUACGGUGACGCUGGUGACGUGCCGUUCUGUUGGUAUCGGUGCCUAUCUCGUCCGUCUGGGACAGCGGGCAGUGCAGGUAGAAGGCCAGCCGAUCAUCCUGACGGGUGCGCCGGCGCUCAACAACCUGCUGGGUCGCGAGGUGUACACGUCGAACCUGCAGCUUGGCGGCACGCAGAUCAUGUACCGCAACGGCGUGACACACAUGACGGCCAGAGACGACAUGGAGGGCGUGUCGCGGAUCGUCGAGUGGAUGUCGUACGUGCCGGACAAGCGAAACAACCCGGUCCCGAUCAGCAUCUCGACCGAUUCGUGGAAUCGCGACGUAACCUACACGCCGCCACAGAAACAGCCGUACGACGUGCGGUGGAUGAUUGCGGGCCGGCAGGAGGGAGACGACUACCAGCCGGGUCUGUUCGACAAAGACUCGUUUGUCGAGACGCUCGGUGGCUGGGCGCGCACCGUGGUGGUUGGCCGGGCACGUCUGGGCGGCAUUCCGAUGGGCGUGAUCGGCGUGGAGACACGAGCAGUGGAGAACACCACGCCAGCCGAUCCAGCCAACCCAGACUCGAUGGAGCAGGUAACGAACGAGGCGGGUGGAGUGUGGUACCCCAACUCGGCCUUUAAGACGGCGCAGGCGAUCAACGACUUCAACUACGGCGAGCAGCUGCCGCUGAUGAUUCUGGCCAAUUGGCGCGGCUUCUCGGGCGGCCAGCGCGACAUGUACAACGAGGUUCUCAAGUACGGCAGCUUCAUCGUGGACGCGCUCGUCAAGUUCGAGCAGCCCAUCUUUGUGUACAUUCCGCCGUUUGGCGAGCUGCGUGGCGGCUCGUGGGUCGUGGUCGACCCGACGAUCAACCCGACCGCGAUGGAGAUGUACGCAGACGAAGAAGCGCGUGGUGGCGUUUUGGAACCGGACGGCAUGAUUGGCAUCAAGUAUCGCAAGGAUAAGCAGCUGGAAACGAUGGCACGGCUGGACGCCCGGUACGGCGAGCUGCGCAAGCAGCUUGCGGCAGCACAGAAGAGCGGCGCCACGACCGAAGUGCUGGACGGCCUGCGGGACCAGCUAACGGCACGUGAGCAAGAGCUGCUGCCGAUUUACCAGCAGAUUGCGACGCAGUUUGCCGACCUGCACGAUCACGCCGGCCGCAUGAAGGCCAAGGGUGUCGUGCGCGACGUGCUGCAGUGGUCGAACGCACGGCGUUUCUUCUACUGGCGGGCGCGUCGUCGGCUGAACGAGGAGUACAUCCUGCGCAAGAUGGCCACAGUGGCCGGCGGCAGUGUUCUCUCGAGCCCGGCGGCGAAGCUGCGGGCACGCCACCUGCACUUGCUGGCGUCGUGGUCGGCCGUGGCGGACUUUGACAAGGCCGACCGCGAGGUGGCCCUGUGGUACGAGGAGCACAAGAAAACGAUCCAAGAGAAGCUGGAGGCCCUCAAGGCCGACACGGUUGCGGCCGAUAUCCGCGAGCUGAUCCGCGCGAACAAGAAGGACGAGGUGGCCUGGAAGGGCGUGCGCGAGGUGAUGCGCGUCAUGCCGGUCGAGGAGAAGGAAAAGCUGCUGAAGUUCCUGUCGGAUUAG